UGGAAAAAGGAAGUCAAUACAGUUUUCAAGUAGCAGCCAUGACAGUCAAUGGUACUGGUCCUUCUUCAGACUGGUAUACAGCCGAGACACCAGAGAACGAUCUUGAUGAGUCCCAGGUUCCUGAUCAACCAAGCUCUCUUCAUGUCAGACCCCUGACCACCAGCAUUGUAAUGAGUUGGACCCCUCCCCUCAACCCAAACAUUGUUGUCCGAGGGUAUAUCAUUGGAUAUGGUGUUGGAAGCCCUUAUGCAGAGACAGUACGUGUGGACAGCAAGCAACGGUACUAUUCUAUUGAAAAGCUAGAGCCAAGUUCCCAUUAUGUAAUCUCCCUAAAAGCCUUUAAUAAUGCGGGAGAGGGAGUUCCUCUCUAUGAAAGUGCCACCACCAGAUCUAUGACAGAUCCCAUUGACCCAUUGGAAGCUGAUUUUUAUCCUUUACCUGAUGAUUUCCCUACCUCAGUCCCAGAUAUCUCCACCCCCAUGCUCCCACCAGUAGGUGUUCAGGCUGUUGCACUUACCCAUGAUGCCGUGAGGGUCAGCUGGGCAGACAACUCUGUCCCUAAGAAUCAAAAAACAACUGAAGUUCGGUUUUACACUGUCCGAUGGAGAACCAGCUUUUCUGCAAGUGCAAAAUAUAAGUCAGCAGAUAUAACAUCCCUGAGUCACACAGCAACAGGCCUUAAACCCAACACUAUGUAUGAAUUCUCAGUCAUGGUAACCAAAGGUCAAAGAUCAAGUACAUGGAGUAUGACUGCCCACGCUACCACAUAUGAAGCAGCUCCAACUUCUGCACCCAAGGAUCUGACAGUCAUUACUCGGGAAGGGAAGCCUCGAGCUGUCAUUGUAAGCUGGCAGCCUCCUUUAGAAGCCAAUGGAAAAAUUACUGCUUACAUCCUCUUUUAUACUUUGGACAAAAAUACACCAAUUGAUGACUGGAUUAUGGAGUCAAUUAGUGGUGAUCGAUUGACUCAUCAAAUUAUGGAUCUUAACCUUGACACUGUGUACUACUUUAGAAUUCAAGCCCGAAAUUCCAAAGGAGUGGGACCUCUCUCCGACCCCAUUGUUUUCAGAACAUUGAAAGUGGAGCACCCUGACAAAAUGGCUAACGACCAAGGUCGCCAUGGAGAUGGAGGUUAUUGGCCAGUGGACACAAAUUUGAUAGAUAGAAGCACACUUAAUGAGCCACCGAUAGGACAGAUGCACCCCCCACACGGCAGCGUCACUCCUCAGAAGAACAGUAAUUUGCUUGUGAUCAUCGUCGUCACUGUUGGGGUCAUCACAGUAUUGGUGGUGGUGAUUGUAGCUGUGAUAUGCACCAGGCGCUCUUCAGCCCAGCAGAGAAAGAAACGAGCUACCCAUAGUGCUGGCAAAAGGAAGGGAAGUCAGAAAGACCUACGGCCCCCUGAUCUUUGGAUUCAUCACGAAGAAAUGGAGAUGAAGAAUAUUGAAAAACCAUCUGGCUCAGAUCCUGCAGGAAGGGACUCACCCAUUCAGGGUUGCCAGGACAUCACACCAGUCAGCCACAGCCAAUCAGAAACACAGCUGGGAAGCAAAACCACAUCCCAUUCAGCUCCUGAUGCUGAAGAAGCUGGAAGCACUAUGUCUACGCUAGAGCGAUCACUUGCUGCCCGGAGAGCCACUCGGGCCAAAUUGAUGAUUCCAAUGGAUUCCCAGCCAAACAAUCCCACUGUUGUUAGUGCCAUUCCAGUGCCGACACUAGAAAGUGCCCAGUAUCCAGGAAUCUUGCCAUCUCCAACAUGUGGAUAUCCCCAUCCCCAGUUUACUCUCCGGCCUGUGCCAUUUCCAACUCUUGCUGUUGAUCGAGGCUUUGGAACAGGAAGAAGUCAGUCGGUUAGUGAAGGACCCACUCCCCAGCAACAACCCAUGUUGCCCCAGACACAGCCUGAGCAUCCCAGCAAUGAGGAAGCUCCAAGUAGGACUAUCCCCACAGCCUGUGUUCGACCCACUCAUCCACUCCGCAGCUUUGCCAAUCCCUUGCUACCUCCACCAAUGAGUGCAAUAGAACCAAAAGUCCCUUACACACCACUUUUGUCUCAAACAGGUCCUACCCUGACCAAGGCUCAUGUGAAAACAGCUUCCCUCGGAUUAGCAGGAAAGGCCAGGUCUCCCUUGCUUCCAGUGUCAGUACCCACAGCCCCUGAAGUGUCUGAAGAAGGCCAUAAGCAGCCAGAGGAUCCAGCCAAUGUGUAUGAGCAGGAUGAUUUGAGUGAACAAAUGGCAAGUUUGGAAGGGCUAAUGAAGCAACUCAAUGCCAUCACAGGCUCAGCCUUCUAA